GGGUUAAGUCAGUAUGGCGGUUGUGUUUGGGGGAGAAGAAAUGAGCGGAGAAAGUGGACCGAAAAGGCUUUUAAUUCCUUUGUAUAGUCCUUUAAUUUGUCUUUUUUGUUAGCAGCAGUUAACCCUCAGUGCUGGCUUGCUAAAUUAGCUAGCAGAGUUAGCAGCUAGUCCUGGUGCAUCAUGGAGCUCCCCAACUACAGCCGUCAGCUCAUGCAGCAGCUGCAGACUUUGCGAAAAGAGUCCGAGUUCUGUGACUGCACCAUCCUGGUGGGGGACACGGCUCAUCCGGCGCACAAAGUGGUCCUGGCCGCCUCCAGCAUGCUCUUUAAGUCUCUGCUCGAGACUUCGGACAGCAUCUCCAUCGACACGGCAGUGGUCACGGCGCAGGAGUUCACGUCUCUGCUGGACAUGGCCUACCUGGGGAGGCUGGUGCCGGGCAAACACGACUUCACACGUCUUAUCGCCGCUGCAGACAGCCUGCAGAUGUUUGACGUGGCUGUGGGUUGCAAGAACAUCCUGGACCAGCUUGUGAACCAGUCUGAAGAUGCUCAGGGUUUGAAGCAUCACACAGAGGUUGCUUUGAGAAAAAGAGAACAGCAAAGAUUGCUUGAUGGUUCUGGACCAGAGUUUGCAUCAGAGGGACAUGGGGACAGUAUGAAGAGUCCAAGAAACAGACUGGAGUCACAAAAUGAAGAUGGCGCUGUGGAGCUGCUUUUACACAAACGUGGCGCUCUCAUCAGGACCCUGCAGGACAUCCAGCCGUUAAUUAACAUCCUUCGCACCUGGGACACGCUGUCAAGCCAGCAACAGCAUAUGUUGCUGGAGUGUUUUGAAGGAGAUCCAGAUGUGGACAUAGUUUUCCAGCGCCUCUUGGACCAGUUGAAGGAUGGGCAUGGUGCCUCAGUCCAUGCUAUUGUUACGCUGCUGGACCAGAUAAAGAGCCUAAAGCCUGAUCUGGAGUCAGCGGAGGAGAAGGAGCAGACAGGACCGGACCUCAAAGGGGGAGCCGUGGCCGAGGUUGCCAAGUCUACCGGACAUCAGCGUGAGCUCGCUUCAGACCUGAAAGACUACCUCACAGGUGUGGAGAACGUAUCUGAACUGCUCACCCGGACAGCGGACAGAUGCAAGAGCGAAGACGUGAAGCAGGUUCUGCUGGAGUCCAGUGCAGAGCAGAAUCAUGGGCAGGUGCUGAGGAAGCUGCUGAGCACGCUCACUGAGAGAGGAAUAGAGGAAAAAUCUGUGCUGCUGCUGCUAAAGGAGGCUGAGGACUACAGCACAAAUAACGCAGAUAAGAGGAUGGAUGACCACAUUGGUGCAUCCUUGUUGAGAACUUUCCAGAACAGACUGUGUGCGCUGAACCUUGAGGCUCAGAUCAUCUCCCGGAGUUUGAAGGAAGGGCCUGACAUCCCGUCUGACCAGAGAGAGAUCCUGCAGGAAGAGGCUGACAGUAAAAUGGAGAAGCUGCUCAGUGCUGCUCUGGAUGGAGGUUCGGUUCAGCCUCUGACGGUAUGGAGGUUGUUGUUCUGGGCUGCGACUCAGAGCCCUGAGCUCCACCGUGUCACGCAGGAAAUCAGGGCGAAACCAGAAGCUCAGGAAUUUAUCCACAUGGCCGCCCGAGUGGAUGCCUUGUUCAAGCACAGAAAGCUCAUUCUAGAAACAAUCAAUGAAAUCCCUGACCUGGAAAGAGCUGCGGGCGAUUUGGACCGCGAUAAAGACAUCCGUGAGUUCCUGCAGAGCUGCCGUGGUGCUGACGGAGGAACGGAGACCAUGCAGCAGGUCCUGGAGCGAGUACUGAGCAGAGAGUCGUGGCACGUCCGGCCGCUUUGGCACCUCCUGUCCACCAGCCAGACGAACUUCCCCCAGCUUUCUGACCUCAUCGACGAGCUCGGCCACGUGGAUGCAGAGCACGAUGAGGAGACUGCAGGCUCAGAGAAGGAGGAAGGGGAGAAGGAGGAAGAUCGCACACACAGAAGGAGGAAGGGCGUGGUCGUGUCCUACAGCUGCCAGUGGUGCAACAAGACCUUCGACUUCAAGUGUCGUCUGCUGAAGCACCAGAAGCAGUGUGCGUUCUGUCCAGAGAGAGUGCAGCGCUGCACCGAGUGCCCUGCCAUGUUUCCGUCAGUCACGGCUCUGCAGCAGCACCAAGCCGAGGUUCACAACGGCCCUCCGGUUAAGAGGAAGAAAGUAGAACCGGUGACGUGUGAGCUCUGUGGAAAGUCCUUUAAACACCCUUCUGGUCUGUUGUACCACAGGCGCACUGAGCAUUUGGAGGAACGGCCCUACGCAUGUGAGGAAUGCGGCGCCAAGUUUGCCGCCAACUCGUCCCUAAAGAACCACAUGCGGCUGCACACGGGGGAGAAGCCGUACCUCUGCAAACACUGUGACAUGAGUUUCGCCGUGGCCGCCGCACUGUCCUACCACACCAAGAAGAAACACUCGGAGGGUAAGAUGUAUUCGUGUCAGUACUGCUCAGCUACGUUUGCGCAGUCCAUCGAGCUGACACGGCACGUGCGCACGCACACAGGAGACAAACCGUAUGUGUGUAGGGAGUGUGGGAAAGGCUUCAAACAAGCCAACGGGCUCUCAGUGCACUUGCAGACCUUCCACAAUAUCUCAGACCCGCACGACUGUCAGAAGUGUCGCGUGAGCUUCAGUUGCCUGGAGAAGCUUCGAGAGCACAUUCUGGACGUUCACCCUAAAGAACUGCACCAGUGUCCCGAGUGCAGUAAGAUCCUGAGCACUGCGGCUCAGCUGGAGAAACACAUGAGCGUCCACGACGGCAGCAAACCCUACAGCUGCCAGAGUUGCCACAAAUCCUACCAGACUCUUUCGGGUUUGUGGUACCACAAUCGCACCACGCACCCAGACGCAGUGACGACGGAGGGCAGUCGCUCGAUUUCACACCUUCUGCACUGUAAAAUCUGCGAUAAGACAUUCUGCAACAGGAGCAGCUUAUUUAAACACAAUAUAACCAAACACCCAGAAACCCGUACUGUGAGUGAAAAGGAAGCACAAGCAGGUGCCGUUGUGUGGAGGUGUGUGUACUGUCCUCGUGCUAUGAGCAGCGAGCAGAAGCUGCAGCAGCACAUGUUGAGCGAACAUGUGAGCCAGCAGGGAUCCGUGUUUGCCUGCGCCGUCUGCUCGCUUUCCUUCCUAACCGAAGCCGAGUACCAGCAGCACUUCCUCAUCAACCACGUGCAGCUUGUCCAGGAGGAGGCGUUACAGUCUCCUGGCCCCACCUCCCAAAUGGUGAUCCAGACUGAAGAUACCUCAGCUGAAGGGACGGAACAGAUCGUAGGGCUCGACCAAUCACAGCUGGCUGGUUCUCAGCAGGUGUUUGUUGCCCUGGGAGACGGCGGCGAGGCAGCGGCCGACUCGGGGAUCGUUGCCGUUAAUAUGGAGGACUUGCUGACGGGACGCGUCACGCUGAUCUGUGAGGAGAACCAGUAGAGUUAUGUUUAUAGAGGAGAUCAUAUGUAUUGACAAAACACACACGCACACACCUUUCUCUCUCAGCUUUAAACUUUAAAGGGUGCAUCCUCUUUAAAGCAUAUAUUUAUACGUCAUAUAAAAUAAAUACAGUAUAUUAAUGCUCACCUGCAACCUCACACAGCUCAUGGUCCAGAUUCAAGUCUUUAGCUAUUCAGGAUAUUGGAGGUUCAGCACACGUGCGUGUGUGUGUGUGUGUGUGUUUGCACCACGUCAUAUGUGAGAUGAAAGAGGGCCAGAUGGCAGAUGGAAAGAUGUCAGCAUGGUUCAGGCUGCUGCUGAUGACCAGGUUAAAUCCACUGAUUUUAUUUUCAUAAUCAUUUUAUAUAAUGUUUAAAUUCCUUACUGAUGGGACGGCAAAUGUUUCUGUGCCUGCAAAUACAGCAGCCUGUAAUUUAUUUUUUUCAUUCCAACGUCUUACCGUCUCUGGCGUUUUAUAUGCACAGGAAAAUGAGGUGUUAUGGAUUUAUAAAGCUGCUAUGGUAAUGAU